CGGCUAGGAAACGAAGCGUUGUUUCAAAAUGGCUACCUUAAUGAUAAAAACAGAUGUUCUUUCCAUAAUAAGAUUAAAUAUAUAAAUGCCUUUUUAGUUUUACCAAUUUAGAUAAUUCAAAUAGAUAAGUAUACCAAUCUUUUGAAUUGUAAUGGGUUCAGGCUCAAGCAAUCAAAUCCUCGACUCUUCUACAGGAGAUAAAAAGUCUCGAAAGAAGAGUGAAAGUGAAACAAGACUCACGUCACAAUCAACCAGGGUACUUCCAAAUAUAGCUAAAAAUGGAUUAAUUAUAGAAAGUAAAUCCGAUUGUGAUUCUGAUAUAGAAAAUAAUGCAAGGUAUUUUUUAAAUAAAGGAUUUUGUACGAAUAUUUUAAAUUGUAACACUUUGACUUUGUUAACUUAUACUAUAUUGUAAAUGAAAAUGUCUUAAAAUGUAAUUAUUACAAAACUACUAAUAAUACUAAUAAUGUAAUAAUGAGUGUACUGAUAUUAGUAUUCGUUAACACUAAUACUUAUGUCUUAUUAGGAGUUAUUUAAAUUAAAAUAUUAUCAUUAAGGAUAGUAAUCAUAGUAAAAAUUAUGAUCAUGAUUAUAUAUGUUAAUUAUUUCAUGAGAGAUUCUCAGAGAUUUUAAAAUUAUUGGAAUAAUUGGUAUGUAUUUUUUGGUGAUUCAUUUGGCACAAGUUUGCUUUUGUUACUCUUCCUAAUCAUUUAAUCUUUAAUAUACUGAUUCUCUUUAGCCUUAAUUUGCUUUUUUUCAGUUUGAUGCAUAUAGAGAAAGAUACUACUUUAGGAAAUCCAAGAGAGUUAAUGAAAAUUGAAGCCAAUCUCACUUCACCUUACAGUUCUUAUCAACAGGUAAUAUUUUGGCUUUAAAAUGUAUUCAUGAAUAAAUCAUGUCAAUGGUAUCUGCUUAUUGAGACCUGUAGCAAAUAACUAUUUUUGUGUGUGUUUUAUGUUAAUCAUAUAUUAUUUUGCAUGAGUUGUUAAAAGCCUGUGCUGCAAAUUAAUGCUGGUGCUAGCUAAAAAGUUUUCUUCAGUGUAAUUCAGACAAGCAACACCCUACUAAAUAAAAAUAUUGCAACUUUUCUUACUGGUGUUUGAUGAAUGGAAUUAUAUAUUUUAUUGAUUUUUAAUAUAAGAUUCUAAAUAUUCCUUGUAUGAUAUACAUUUAUUAUUUAGAAUGUAGUUAUAUCCAUUAACAAUUUUAAUAAAAAUUCUCUAACCAGGGAUUGUUUUAUAAAGUAAGAGGAAAGAACUUCAAGAAUAAUUUUUUUACAUUUCAGGUUGAUGUCUCAAUAAGCCAACUAAUUUGUGAGCUGCAAAAUAAAAUAAAACAACGAGAUCAAGAAGUAAGUCUGAUACGGUAAUAAAACAUUAUUUUUGGUUAUUGAGUAAAAAUGUUAGGAAUUGUUUACUUAUAUGAAUAAAUCAUGAAACCUUGGCAUGGUUUUGAUGUUCAUAGGCCCUUGGGCACUUAUUCUCAUCCAAUAGUUGCCAAGUUUGACAUGGUUUAAACUGUUGGUUUCAUCAUCCUUCAACUUGUGCACAUUUGGGAUAUUAGUAAUUAGAAGCUGGAUUACUGGAUUAUUUAGUUCAUGAAUGUAUUAUAUUUUUACAUAUACCAAGGACAAGUCAUUAGGGGAACUGACUGAUCUAAAAAAAAAAAAAAUUAAGAGAUAAACGUUUACAUAUUAACAUGAAGAAUUUACUCAUCAAUAAUUAGAUGCUUUGUAUCAUGAACUCUUUGUGCUCAACUAUGAGUCAGGAUCACUUUUGAUACAUUUGACUAUUUAGAGCAGUGGUUCUCAACCUUUCUAAUGCUGCGAACCUUUAAUACAUUUACUCACGCUGUGGCGACCCCCGAACCACAAAAUUAUUUUCAUUGAUACUUUAUAACUGUGGAGUAUGUGUGUUUUCAGAUGGUCUUAGGGGACCCCUGUGAAAGGGUCCUGCAAUCACUUUGGGGGUCACGACCCACAGGUUGAGAACCGCUGAUUUAGAGUGACAUGAGAUAAACUUUGAGGACAUUGUUAAAGAAUUUGGCGCCUGUUCAUAAAUAGAGUGAUGAUGUUUUAUGUGGGUGUUUAAAUUUUGUGAAUUUUUUUACAUUUAUAUUUUGUUGAGGAUUGAGGAGGGGGGGGGGGGGGGGGGUGUAUUUGUGUAGAAAUUUAAUUUUAAAAAAUUUUACAUUUAUAUUUUGUUGAGGAUUGAGGAGGGGGGGGGGGGAGUGUGUAUUUGUGUAGAAAUUUAAUUUUUAAAAAUUUUCCAAGCAAUAAUAUCUCUAUGGAAGUCCUAAGAAAUUAUUAAUUGUUAGUUCUGUACUGUAAUUUUGAAUUUUAAAUACAUUACAUUUUUGAUUCAUCUCCUUUUGAUUUUUAAUCAAUACCUUUUCAUCAGAGAUUUAGGAUGAAGUUAAACAACAAUAUAUACCUCACUUGAUUUUCUCAGGUGGCCAAAGUAGAAAGUGAGAAAUUGGAUUUACAAGAUCAGUUGCAAACAUUAGAAGAGAGGUUAAAGGACCAUGAAAGUGUCAAGUUGCCCUUCAUUGAUGAGACACCACUUUUAAAAGAUGAAAAAAUUCUUGCUAAGGAUCAGCAUAUAUCAAAACUUGAAAGUGACUUACAAAGGACUGUGGAAGAGUCAAAUAAAAUUGUAAGUUUCCUGUUUUUAAAAAUAAUAUUUUUUAAACAGGUAUAACAGAGCCAUAACUUUUUGUAAAUUGCUCUUGAGUUAUGUGUGGACUAAAAUCAAAGAGUAAUAGAGUGACAAAGAGAAAUUUGAGUUAAAUUACAAAAUAUGGAUAAAUCGGAUAUGAAUUUCAUGGGAGAGUUAAACCAUAUAAAUGUUGUAAAAAGGACAAAACAUUGGAAAAAUUAUUAAUGUAAAAUCCCUCUAAACCUUCUCCUCUUCUUUCUUCUAUUGUGAUUGGAUAUUUGAACAUUGCAGUAUGUCAUUUUUUUUUUCACCCUCAAAAGCUUUCAUCAACAUGAGGGGGCUCAUAUUAAGAAAUAUGUUUUUCAUAUUUUGCCGAUAUAAAAAGUAGUUAGGUGCCUACCUAACACUGUGCUCAGAUCAAAGGUUUUAUGGAGUGCAAAUGGAAAAACAACCAUUUUUAUGUAACUCUAGUACCAUUUUUUUUAUUUUUUAGCUGCUUCAGCUUUUUUUUUUUUUUAAAUUCUGGAGUGAAAUAAUUUUAAGCUGUUCAGUUGCUGUCUUAAAUCAAAACUUCUAAGAACUGACUAGCGAGGUGCAAUUGAGUAUAGAAGAUGUCCACUAAAAAUCUCUUAUUUGUUUAUUUUGCUAAUUCGAUAAUAUGAAAUGGGUCUACUACAUAUUAUAAUAGGCUAAAGGAAGGGUGAGUCAUUUUCUAUUUUUACUGUAAAAAAAUAAUUUUUUCUUCCUUUUACUAAGCAACUGAGACUGAAAAAAAAGAUAAGGAUGCUAAGAAAUCAAGUCCGUGAACUACGUCAGGAAGCGUCAAUAAAAAAUAUGGAAAUGAAGCUUGAAAUGAAUAACAAAUAUGAUCAAGGAAAAGAAUCUAGUAAGCAUAUCAGUUUAGUUAAAUUGCUAAAGUUAUAUACUUGAGCUAGCAAAUUUCUAGGACAUGUUUUUGAAGCUUUGACACAUAGUGUCCCAUUUUCCCAAAUUUAUAUCAUUAUUUCUAUAAAAAUAGAUUUUUUAAUAAUUAUAUGGUUGCAUCAAUAGUAUCCCAUGGCUAUGUGGCAUGUACAUCAAUUAUGUUGAGAAUUUCUAUAAAAGUGCAAAAUCUAUCUUUAAUUAACAGAUAGUUAAUCACCUGUCUAACCUACAUGCCAUUGGUUUGCCCUCAAUCCAGUGAUACGUCUCUGUAUCGUUAUUCAAUAAUUAUGUAUCUUAUUAUUUUAUUAACUUAUGGUAAAUAAUAUUUUCGUUCAUUUAUUCAAAACCCAACAAAAUAAAUUAAUUUCAUUUAUAUUCAACAUUUCUUUAAUUAACAGGUGACAUACUUGAUCAUAAUUGUAGAAGUGAUUCAACUUUAAAUUCAGCUUCCCAUGACAAUAGCCACUCUAAAGUUAUUGUAGAACUAUCUAACCAGCUGACUGAGCAAAGUGAACAAAUUGCAUUUUUAGAAUCAAAACUUGCUGAAAAGGAUUUGAUAAUUAAAAAAUUAGAGAAUUCUGUCCGUAAGAAGCCUUCAAACUCAGAUGAUAACUCUACAGAGGCAAAGAUUACCACCACAGUGCUUUCAAAAGCAGUAAAGACGCAUUCAACAAACAUUUAUAGUCAAAAUGUAGAAGAAUAUAAACCAUUAUCCAACACCAAUAAGCAUUCAAAUUAUGAGCCUAGGCCAGUUUAUGAAAGGCAAUCAACAGCUUUAUCUGACUCAGACUCUGACUGGGGCCUUGAUAAUGUCAUAGGAAAAGACUUAUGUUUUUUAUCUGAAAAUAGAGUCCAAAGUGCUUUGACUGUCUCACACAAUGGCAAGGAAGAACUACAACCUAAACCAGCUAGUGCUGGUUCAUUAUCUGACCACAAUAAGAAACAUAGAAAGCAAACGGCAUUACAAAGAAGAGUAAAUGAUAAAUUAAAGCCUCCGCAUACAGCAUUUACGGGAAGCACAGAAGAGCAUAAAUCUGAAAGCCAGUUUGAUGCAGACAUGCAACAUUUCAAAGACUCAUCACACUUGCCAGAACUCUCUAAAGUCAAAUAAAUAAACCCAAUCAGUUUUUGAAAGUAUUUUCUAUUCCAACAAUGUUUUAUAUUUAUUAAUAGCAAAACAUUUAUGCCAAACUAUUUUAUUAUUAUUGAGAAAACAUGAAAGCUUUCAUUAAACCCUAAAUUUAUAUAAAUGCAAAAUGCAAUUAUAUAACUAAUAUUUCUGCUGAUUGCUUUUGAAUGACAAAGUCAAAAUGUUUAUUUAAAAUCAGCUUUAUAAGUAAUUAGCAAAAUUAUUUUCUUUUGGAAUCUCUAAUAGAUCAUAGUGAUUUUUUUUUAUUAGAGUUCUUUCAUAUUUUAUUUUAAUCACCAAAUCUUAAUUAAAAUAAUAACUUAAUAGUUAACAAAUAAUUAAAUAUAAACCACCCAUAAUUUUUAUAUCAAAUUAUUAUUCUUUUUAAAAGCAUACAUAUAAAGUUGGAUAACAAAUUUAAUAAAAUAAUGCAAUGAGUAAGGUAUCAUAACCUGUGAGUGCUGUUUUUAUUACAUUGGCAUUGGAUGUGGGUGUAACAAUGUAAAUAAGUAUGGGUGUUUUGUUUUAUCAUAAAUCUUGAGAAAAUAAAUUAUAGGCCUAAACGUUUUUAAAGUGUACCAUCACCCAGAUGAAAUUUGAUGGCAAAAAUAUUUGUGAAGAUUUAGCUAUAGGCUAUUAAGCUAUCAUUACCAUAAAAAAUUGAUACAUUUUUUAAUGUAAUUUUCAAGUCAAUUACAAUGACAAAUAACUCAAAAGGCAAUUAAA